UAAAGUACGAAUGAGUUCUGAAAAUCACGCCACCACAUCAAACCGAUAUACGUUGCGCAAUCUGAUAACAGAACUCUUACAUAGCCUCGGAAAUAAGAAGAUUAUUGAGGAAUGUAUUCUCUAUAAUUGUAAAGUGCAGGAAAUUAUGAACCGAUUAAAGAAUGAAGGAUAUAAAGAGUUUUUUGACAGUGAGGAAUGUGAUAAUACUGCAAAGUGUCCUCAAUUCAUGGAUACUAAAUGCAUCGAAAUAGUUGAUUUAAGGAAAAGAUUAAAUAAAAUAAUUGCUAUGGAUACAAUGUUUUGUAGUUUCGAACUUGUGCGCUCAAAAAAUACUGAACUUUAUCAAAGUCUCUUUAAACAAUUAAAUAUACAUCAUCCACUUUUUUAUGCAAUAACGCUACAUACAAACGAUGAAACAGAAAGUUACAUACAGUACUUAGAUAUGUUUAAUGAAAUUCCGAAAAAUACGCUUUUACAUCUCAGAUCUAAUGAUUUAACUCGUAUCGACGUAUUAGCUAUAUUGAAGAAAGCAUUAGAUCAUGGUGUACGCAAUAUUUUUGUAUUAAGGGGUGAUUCUCCAAAUACAAAUGAAGAAUUCCCGCAUGCAGUAGAUUUAGUACGCUUUAUAAGGAGCCAAUUUGGCGAAACAUUUUGUAUAUGCGUUGCUGGUUAUCCAGAAAUGCAUCCAGAAUCAUCAUCUAAAGAAAUGGAUUUAUUUUACUUGAAAGAGAAAGUCGAUGCAGGAGCAGAUUUUAUAAUAACACAAUUUUUUUUUGAAGCUCAUGUAUUCAUUAAUUUUGUAAAUGACUGUAGGAAAAUUGGAAUCAGUGUUUUGAUUAUCCCAGGCAUAUUUCCAAUAUUCAGUUAUUCGUGUCUUGAAAAAUUGACCCAACAUUGUAAUGUUAAAGUACCUCAAAUUAUUUUGAAUGCUUUGCAUUCCAUAGAAGAUAAUGAAGAUCAAGUACGAGAUUAUGGAUUGGAAUUGUCUAUAGGUAUUAUAAAAACAAUUGUUGCAAGCAGAACUACUCGUGGGUUUCAUUUCUUUACGUUAAAUAAACCAUCGUUGUCAUCCGAAGUUUGUAACAAGCUUGGUAUUUUUAACACACUACUAUUUAAUGACGAGAGAAUUUCCACCGAUGAAUAAGCCAUUGAAUUAAAAAAAUUUGAGAAAGAAAUACAAAUAUAUAACAAAUACGUUACGUGCAUUUGUAUAUUUUAAUAUCGUAUAUUUUCUAUAAAUAUAUGUUAACAUGUAAUGAUGUAAUUUAGAUGUGACUACAUUCCUCGGCAAAUUAAAUUUUAUUUACCAGUGAUUGAAAUUCCCUAUAUCGGCAUAUUAUUGAAAUAUUAUAAUAUUCAAUUGAUUGCAAACAUUUUGCGGUCGUACGUUGUACGUGGCAGAUUGUACAUACAUCUUUAAUAUCAUGUAUGUAUAUGUAUGCAAA